GAUGCAAGUUGAUAGUGAAAAUUUUAUAGAUAGUUCAAAUAAUCCUCAAUUAAUAGGAAAUAGAUAUGUAUAUCUUUAAUUAAAAUAAGUGUAUGAGAAGUAGAAGAAGGAAGAUAUACGAUGAUGGAGAUUUUAGAGAAGUAGUAAAGAAUUUUUACGCUUUGAUAUCCGAAAUAAAUAAAAGUACCUUAUUUAUGUAAUAAUUAUCAAAGUUGCCAAUAAGAAAAUUCAAAAAACAGUUCCUCUAAAAACUAAAUAAUAAUCCAAUGUUUAAAAUAAAAAACCGCAACAGAAAAAACCUUAAUAAUAGGAUGUAAAGAAAAAUGAUCUCUACAAUUUUAAAAAAGAGCCAAUAUAUUCUUAAGUUGCGUUUUAAGCUUAGCCUUAUUUUAAUCAUCAAUAAUAUUAAUAGUUUUCCCAUAAUUAUAUGAAUCCCUUUUAUAAUAGUUUGCCAUCAUAAUUAGUAUAAAUUAUAAUUAUAUCUAGCAAAUAAUUUCUAGAAAUUAACUUAACAAUGGACAAUUAAAAAGAAAUUCGUAUCAUAUUGCAAUAUCAUAUUUCAUAUAUAUUCAAUCAAGUAGUUAAGAACAGUAUGAAAGUAGAGAUCCUACGAUGAAUGCCAAAAGAAAAAUAAAAGAAACUAACUCAGAUGUUAUAAAGGUAUUAUUUCAAAGAUAUUAUUUUUUCUUUAGUAAUUAGAUAAUUUUAUUACGAAUCAAAAACAGCCUCCAUUUUAGUAACCAACUCAUUAAUCUUAUGAUUAAGAGGAAUAGAAGGAAGAUAUUAUAGAAUAGAGCAAAUGA